UAAAAAUAAAAUAAAACAACUCUGUGACCUCAGAGGUCAGCUUCCUUUUAUUUUUAUAUCAGAAUAAAAGCCUCUAAACAAUCCUGUCCAAAAAUGUGCACAAAUUUAAAACCAAACCUCCCAACUUUUAGAUAUUUAUAACCAAGUUUUUAGACAACGUGAAGCACUAUAAAUACUCUCUUAAAGAAUGAAUUUAGUCGUCUAAAUCCCCAGAGAAAGCAGACGUGUCAGUCCUGCUCAGCUGUGCUAAUGGGACAGAACUUUCAGGGGGAGGGACCUCCUCUGACUCCCAUUAAAGACAGCAGCAGCUAUAAAGGAGCCCAGGAUGAGAUUGCAGCCGGCAAACUAAGACUCACAGCUGCGGUAAGAGUGAGUGAAGAAGAAGAAGAAGAAAAGAUAUAAAAGAAACACUCAGAAACACGCAGUUGGGUGUACCAGUGUGAGUGAGGGGCUGAGAGAGGAGCACAGGGAAGGAGGAGGAGGGUGAGAAAGAGUCAGAGAGAGACACGGGGAAGAGAGAGGACAGAGAGAGGCAUCAUCACAGCGUGGAACAGGUUCUUCUUUCUGCAGCUCUCACACUCAGCCUCAGCAGACAUGCCUAACUUUGCCGGCACCUGGAAAAUGAAGAAGAGUGAGAAUUUUGAUGAACUUCUCAAAGCCCUGGGUAAGCCCUCUUCUCCUGCCUCUUUUCUCCCCUCUCCUCUCUCCCUUUCAUCGCCCGCUCCACAUCCCUCCCUGCAUGAGGUUUACUAUCCAUCAUGUCCAUGUAGAAAAAGGCUUUUCUUGUUCUUUGAGAGCGGCGUGCAGACUUCCAACAACAUGGUUUUUUGUUUUUGGAGGAGAUCCCUGGGAAAAGAACGCAGAGAUCUUCGGGGAGAUGCUGCUGAAGGGAAAUCCCUCGGCUUUCCAGGAGAUAUGAAACACUGGAUGCUGAAUUCCAGCCUAAACAGACGUGGUAUUGUUACAUGAAAAGAGGAGGGGGGCACAACAUUAUUCAUGUUAAGCAUUUAAGUAGGGCAUGCAUUAGCAAUGCCAGGGGAGGUCUCUGGAGCCCGGUGCUGUUCUCUUGUGUCCUAUCUUUUUUCAUUCUUUUUCACCCUCCUUAGUCUUUGCUGAUGAUUGUGAUGGUUUAGAUCUGGACCCGUUUAACUGGGUCAGUCAAUUGUGUUGCAGCGUUUGGUCACGCCGGCACUUCUGAGACGGACAGGGCACAGCCAAAGGGAGGCCGCCUGUACAAUAACGUAGAAAUCUAUAGGGACAAGUCUCACUGUGAGCAGAGAGCUGCUGCAGAAACUCAGAAACUGGAGAUAUAAAACAGAAGAAAACUUUUGGGAUGUGAGUGCUCCUUGUUUGGGGAUGCUGGAAGUGACACUUUUGUACGAAGUAAACCGAAAACAAUUGAUGGAUUAGUUGUGCAUCACUGCAGCGUGUAAGCCUGAUGCACUUGAAAGGUUUCUUCAGUUUCAGAGUAUUAAUUCAUCCCUGAAAGCCUCUGCUUUGUGACUGAUACCUUUAAAUCUAUCCAACAGUGAAGUUUCUUAAGUAAAAAGCCUGUAAUAGUCUACAUUUUUAAAGCAAAUAAUUAUUAUUCUGCUCAAUAGUAUUCCCAUCUUUGUCAAAGCCUGGUCUGCUGCAGGUUGUAUUAUUCUUCAGCAUCAUAGGUCUUAAAUUCUGUCAAAAAUGGUAAGUUUUGCAUUAGGAAGCACUUUUUUCAUAUAAUGCUGUACAUGAAGUUGCACCAAAAGUUAGAAGAUCCAAACUUGAACACAUCUGAACCUGCGAAUAUUGUUUAUGUCCUUAUUGUUUAUAAGUGGGUGAAAAUUAAUCCCAGCAAAUCAAGGCAGUCCAAAGGAAAAAUACAUAACAUUGAAGAACUUCUAGAAAUAAACCAGUACAACAAAAACAACACUGAUUAUAAUUCACGUAAUGACCAACGAUAUAACAGUAAAAAUGACCUUAGAUGAUAGGAGUGCAUCAUUGUGGUCUAGAUCUAAUAAGCAGAGCUACUUUAGCUGCAGCACUAAACUGUUGUUCAGAUUUAAUUUACUGUUUUAAAAAACUACAAUGACAGAUUGCUAGAAAAAACUACUUACAUUUUCUGUAUAUUAUCAUAAUUAUAAUAAUUAUUAUUUUUUUAAGACCCUUAAAUCGGUGACAAAGUCGUCAAAAUUCAUCCUGACACACAUUUACUUUUUAAAGCUCCUGUAAGAAGUUUUCAUUUGGUUUUGAAACAGAUAAAACUUGCUAUCGACGCAUCUAUCUGACCCUCAAAAGCAAAACCAGAACGUAAGAAACAAGAUUAACAGUCUCUAUGUCCUUAUUUUUGAUGUCCAGAAUCACUGGCGCAGGGUCGGUGUCGGGCUAACUGCACACAGUCUAAAUACCUUUUUUUUUUAUCAGCACCACAUUUGGCUGUGAGACUAUCUGAGUUAAAGGUAUAAAAGAAAAACACAACACAAAAUCUAAGGAGACAAGAGAUAUUGUUUUUUCCUUAGGGGGCGCCAAAGUUGGUGCUAAUCUAAAGUUGCUUACAGGAGCUUUAAGUCUGAAUAAAUUGGUCUUAAAAAAUCUUCAGUGUCCCAGCAUCAGAUGAAAUCUCUUAAUUGAAGAGUAGAUGCAAGAAAACUUUCUCUAACAAUGUUUAGUUAGGGUGUUAGAUCCAAAAAACAACCACCUAAUUAAGUUAGAUUAGGUUAAGUUAGGUUAGGUUCAAUUAGGGUUAAACUUAGUUAAGUUUAGUUUAGAUAAGUUUAUUCAGUUUAGUUUAGUCUAUUUCAGUUUUUCUUAAAUUCAGUCAAGUCUAGUUUUGUUAAGUCUAGUUUAGUUUAGUGCUUUGGUUUACAUUAAUAUCAAUAAAACAGAUUAACACACACUUAGGCAAUAAUAGAUCUGACCACCUCUCUCUCUUCACUUUCUGAGUUUACCGCCUCAUUAUAGUCAAAUACGCCGUACACUGUCACCCAUUCAUGCUCACAUAUAUUCAGUCAUAUAACUGACGAGCUGCGUUGGGUAACUACAGUAAAUUCCAGUGCUGCGGGGCCGCCACUCUCCAUCAACAUCUUCAUAAUCAUCAGAGGUUUCCCUUCAGAAGGAGAGGGCUGUUAUAGUCGGGGCUGCAGAUAGAGGAGCAGCAUGCUGAGUGAACCGAGCUGUACAAUCUGAUCAGGAUCACAGUUUGCUAAAUGAGAUCAAAGAAUGAAAUAAAAGGCUGUACGCUUCAUGAACAAUUUCACCGCCGAACCGAAAUGUGGAUUUGAUCAAGUUAAUAUGACUCUAGUUAAAAAAUGGGAAAAGUAAACAAACUGCAGGAGCUUGAAUCAAAGCACAAGAAGCCCUUUAGUCUCAGAGUUAGCGGUGUUUUGGGAAUUUUCUACACUGUCUGAAUCUAACGAGAAUUAAAAUUUGACAUCAUAUCAGGUUUCCAAAAAUGAGCACAGACGGUUGGCUCGCUGAUGCUUAUACAUAUUUAAUGUUAAAAAAACACAUGGCGUGAUCCCUCAGAUCAUGGGUGGGGUUGGGUGCGAGCUGUCAAGUUGAUGCUUUUCUGCCUGGGUGUGGACUGAACAACACCACAGCGAUUUUGGACGAAGAUGAUCGAUCAUAGCUGAUUAAAGGCAGAUGAAAACUUAACGAAUAUUUAAUCUUAUCGGAGGAUUCCCUUUCUUUACGAUCGUCUGGUUCCAUCAAUGAGGGACGACCGAGUAAAAGAUCCAGGACUUUGGCAUGACAUAAAGCCAGAUGGCCCUGUAGUGUCAAACUGGGUGUGCCGAAGUGUUGCCACAAAUGACGGUCAAUGCCACACGCAGGAUCAUUACUCUAAGAAGAGCCAGCACUGACCUACCCAAGGCUUUCCUUUCUUUCCUCUGGACAUGUCCAAAUCAUCCCUCACCCGGAGUCCAGCGCCAAAAUACCUCAAAUUUCUCUCACUUUAGGGAAAUAGUCGAGGUUCUUGUCUGAGCCACAAAGCCUUUCUUGUGUUUUUCUCCCAGACAACCACAUUUCUGUCAUUCUUUGUUAAAAUUUAAGCUUAUGAGAUGUUCUGGUUGACCACUUACAAAGAAAUACAGGGAGACACGCAGCCAGCAUGAGCUCCUGUAUUUAAGGUCCAGAGUCUGAUGGAAACUGGCAUGAGGGCCUGCAGAGGUCUGAAUCUGGGUGGGGUCGAGGGGUGAGGCAGAAAAAGAGACAAAAGACGAUGAGCUACGGGAGAAUUUUCAGUGCAAAAUAUUGAAAAUAACAUGUGAAAUCAAAUUAUAGCUUAGUUUUUAUGUUAAUUUUUGCCCAUUUAAUUCUAUUGUGACAAAAACAAAAAGACGCAAAUCUCAAUACUGACGUUUCGGCCAUUGUUGCUCUUCUUUCUUUCAGUUUUUCAUCGAUAAAAACAAGUAUUUCUCUUUUUUCUGUGAUUUCUUUGACACCACAUACAGCAUAUUUAAGCCCCAGUAGUCCUAUUGAUCAUUUACAAUAGAAUCAAAAUGUUUGUCUUGUUUUAUGUCUGUUUCUACAAUAAAUAGACUGUCAUGAAAAAGAGUCACAGGUAGAUUCUUGUGCAGGAGAGACAAAAUCUAUAUGAAAAUAUGUGUAUAAACAAAAUUACUAUAUUGUGUAUCCCUUGUCUUCAAUGAUGACCUCAAGGUACAACAAAUGUCAUAUUCUGGGUCAUGAAACUGUAUUUUAAGGUAAAAAUUUAAACAAAGAGCAAGAAAAUUCAACAUUUUGUAUAUUGAAGUUUUGUAACUAUCAACAAUUUUUGAAGUACAAAAAGUUUGUUUCUUAGAAUUAUUUUUUCACCGUGGCGUCGUAGUCAUCCAUGAUUUGCUGUUUCCUUGGCAUUCAGGAGUAAACACCAUGCUGAGGAAGGUGGCUGUGGCAGCGGCCUCCAACCCCCACGUGGAAAUCCGUCAGGACGGCGAGCAGUUCUACAUCAAAACAUCCACCAGCGUUCGUACCACCGAGAUCAACUUCCACAUCGGUGAGGUGUUUGACGAAGAGACGGUGGACGGACGAAAGUGCAAGGUAGGACUGCGACAAAGAAUACAGAGAUGUGUUUCUGUAUGAUCAAACACUUAAAAGGCCUUUCAAGUCGUGUAAAUCAUCUUUACAAAUAAAUCAUUUGUACGGAUAAUUUGAUUAAUUUGCCUCCCAGUGUGGGAAGAAAUGAACCGUCCUCAGUGGAUUAUGCAGACACACUUAAAGGUUCAGGUUAGGAUAAUAUUUUUGGCAGGGCAGUGAUUAGAUUUGGUUCAGUUCCAGAGUUCAUGUGACAACUGUGGUUAUUGUUGAAAUUAGGGUGAGUCCUCAUGGGAUACUCAAGGCAUUGUCCCCGUAUGUUGCCAAAAACAAGACGGUAUGUGAAAGUGGGUUUCAUAUUCUGAACAUUGUUAAGAAAAAAGAUGGGCAAACAUUUAACACUCAUUUGUUGAUAGAAUAAAUACUAACAGAAAGGACUCAUAAGUGUGGGUACUCGUUUCUGUCACUGGUGAAGUUGUUGGUCUCUAAAUGGGACAUAAACAAACAUCAGUGUUAACACUUGGGAUAAGAAUUUGUCAAUGUCCUUUUCGUGUCAGAAGUAUAAACGACAGAAAACUGCACACAGUCGAGCAAGAAAUAAGAUGGAUGUAGUUUAGUAAGGUUUCUCAGGACUUCUUUUUAGUCAGUGUCAUAACUUCUAAACCAAUCUACAGUGAUUUUAAACCAGAGAUAUCAGUCUUUGUAGAACUGCUCCUGUAUUAACAAAGGGAACAGCACUGUAAUCCUACCAUAUACCAUCAUUGCCUAAGUGUCCACAUCAUCGGGAUCUUCUCUGAGUGUUUGUUUCAGUAUACUCACAACCCACAGAUCAGAUCUGUAUGCUAUUGUUGCCGAGGGUUGAAUGAAAAAUUUAUAACUCCAUGCAGUUUCACCCAUUUGUAUCACCCUCACGUCCUUGCAGUUGGAUUAAGGACAGCUUGAGUUUCUCUUUGAACCUCCUCAGUCCCGGAGGGGGAUUUCUCACAUAUUCACUGUCAGAGCUACUUCACAGGUUUGAAAAGAAAGCACAGAGAGGGUUGUCUUUUUUCAGGAACAUCAAAGUUUCUAAAGGUGAUUACAGGGAAGACUCUAAGUCAAAUAGCUGUCAGCUUUCUAUAACUACAAAAAAAUGCUCAUUAUUAAAUACAAGUGAUCAGUGUUGGGCAAGUUCUUGAAAGGAAGUAACAAGUAACAUCUUCUUGUCAAAAAGUAGUUAUGUCACUUAUUGAUUCGAUUAAGUAUAAAAGUGAUGAGUUUCUGCAGAAAUUAACUUCAGCAUCACUUCUUUUGGCUUCAGUCCUCUUAUUAAUGGACUCGUCUCACCAGUCCUUCGCUGAAUUAUUCCCUGACUCAUCAGCUGAUAUAGGAAGCAUGUCUUUGACAACAUACCUGACAACCAGCCUGUUAAGACCUUCCUGGAUUACAGAUUGUGGAGCUGGCAGUGAUUUAAAAUCAAGCACUGGUUGUUUGGAAGGAGCAGCUCCUCUUUGGUGAGCACUACUUCGGUCACAGGUGUUUUAUUUAGCGCAGGCUCUGUGGGAGUUAACUUUGGAGAAGCGUUUUAGUCAGAUGCUUCUUGAGGUUAGAACGACUAGUCUGCUGUUGUUAGCAAGGAAAAUGGUUUUCCAUCUUGGACAUAGACAAGUGUUUGGUACUAUAUUCUUGUCUUUUACCUUGAGAAGGUAAAAAUAAUGUGAUUUCCAAAACAGUAAGGUUAAAGUAAAUUAAAUAAAGUUAAGCCUGGUUAAGUUCACUUAGAUUAAAACAAGUCAAGUUAGGUUAAGUUAAGUUCAGUCAACUUGUAUGAUGUUAAAUGAAGUUAAGUCAGGAUAUGUUAAAUUAUCUUAAAUUAAUGGAAAUUAAGUCGGGUUAAGUUAGGCUAAGUUUAAUUAAAUUAAGUUAGUUAGGUUAAGUAAGGUUAGGUUAAAUUAGGUUAAGUUUAUUUUAUAUAAUAAGUUUGUUUCAGUUUAGUUAAGUCUAUUUUUAUUAAGUCUAAUUUAGUUUAGUCCAUUUCAUUUUUUUAAGUUUAGUUAAGUCUAGUUUUGUUAAGUUUAGUGCUUUGGUUUAUAUUCAUAUAAAUAAAACAGAUUAACACACACUUCUGCAAUAAUAGAUCUGAUUGAGGGCUGCAAAAGACCCUCUGAUGGGAUUAGUCCGGGUACUUUUCACUACACAUUUGACAUUAUUUUAAUUUCUUUUAACAAAAGAAAACAAGUAAUCUGUAUCUAGGUCUAAGUUAAGAAGGCUAAAUUAAAAAUCUAUAAAAUUAACUUAACACUGAUUAAAAACUCUGCUUAAACAUUAUAGGACUGACAGAAAAACAAAAUAUGAGAUAAACCUUAAAAACUGAAUCAGUUGGGCUCUUGGUGGAAGAAGUUGCAUCAUGAGUCAAUGUUUUUUGCCUCUUUGAGGGGGUGUUUUGAUAUAAAACUUGUUGAACUUUCACGACUUUACCUCCUGCAGAGUUCAAAGCGUUUGCAUCAGAUGUUGUCUGCGUCUUGUUUGCGGGUAUUUCUCAUCCAUAAAUUUUACAGCACCCUUUUUAACAAAUGGAAGAAGGUCAUGACUUUAAGAUUAAUAAUUUAGAUAAAAUGUGUCGUCACAUGUUUGUGCGAAGAACUGAGAUGUCCCUGCAGAGGUGGACAUCUGUUUAUCCCCCCACUGCUUGGCAACAAGAGUCUCAGUUAAGGGAAGAAGAGUCUUGUUUGUUGUAGAACACGAGUAAGCAAUAUCAGCGGGUAAUCCAGAGGUACUCUCCUGACACGAAAGGACAAGAGGGGACAGCGAAACAUGACGCACAAAGUAGGAACAGCAGAGAGAGGCUAGGAGAAAUGGGUUUAUGAUGCAGUUAUGUGAUCAUCCUAGAGGCUAUAUCAUCUGAACAGUUUUUUGCAGGGGCACCUAAAAUGAUAAAAACAAAAAGACUCUCAAGACUUUAAGAAUUUACUUAUCAUCGAAAAUGUAGGGGUUCUUUUACUGCUAAAGCUGUACAAAUCCUAUUUUGGAGAAAGUCAUGGUUUGGUUUGGAAAUGUCUCUGUAAACAAUACGUUACACUGUUGGUUAACUCUUCAGACUGUAGAGGCUACUUUCUGCACAUUAAUAAACAGGGGUGAGUUACAAUCCGGUUGCAGAUUGGGGGAUUAUUGACAACCACAUGAAUUUUUUGACUUGAGGGUGAAUUUGGGGUAUUUGCAUCAUAUUUUCCUAGUUUUGCAGCUGCAUCUGGAGGAUAGGUCAGUAGACAGAGCAGACAAUGGUGGGAGAUACAUGGGAGCGGAGCUGCAGGGUGGAAUCGAACCUGUACAGACCAUUUUGGACCUGCAGGGCUCUGAAACCCUCAACCUUUUAAGUGUUAGACUUGCCAAUAAUAAGUUCACUAAGAUAGUUUUAGAAAUAAGUUUGUUUUUGGCUUUGAUUUCUUGAUUUGUGGGAAUUCAUUGCCUGUCGCUGUCCUCCACAUGCUUAAUUAAUGUCCUCUGACAAAAAUCUCAUCCUGCUGAGUGUUGACUGUCAAAUAUCUCGGCAUCAAAAAUGACAAAUUCGAAAUCAUGUUUACUUUUGUACAUCAUAAAAAGACAUGAGUUUGAGUUAAAAAAAAUCGUAUUAAAGACAUUUUAAGAGAAUUUUAGACAUUUCAAGACCUUAGAGUCAAAUAAUUGGAUUUUAGACGUUUACUCUGAUACUCUGAUCACAGAACUGACUUUUAACCAAGUCAUCCACUUUAUUGAGGAGCUUGUUCUAACUGAGUUUCACAUUGCUGCUUCAUCACCCUCAAACUAAACUGCAGUUUCUCCUCAGAAAGAGCUUCAACAUGGAAAUUUAGCAUCUGCAGAAAUAUGCCCGGGUUACAGAAAGCUGUGAUAUUCAUGUUUGUGGAGAGGAAAUAUUGCAGACUGCAGAGGAAAAAUAUGUAAUUGCAUGUGUGCUCUAAGCAGAGUCAAUAACAGAGGGCCAAAGGAGAAGCAAUCUGGCGUUUAUUUUGUAACACCAAAAUCAUCGGGAAUUGCACACAUGAAUAUCAGCUAUCCUCACCACUUUGAAUCUGACAUGUGUACAAAAUGGUCACACCUACCUCUCUCCUCCUGAUGGGAUUAACAUGUUGCAGUCAGGCUGGGCUGACAUGACCUAUUUCAGAUUCCAGGAGACAGUUUUGCUCCUUCUGUCUGUGCCCCGGAGCAUGCUGGGUACUGGGCAGGGCUAGACAGCUCUCAGUGUGACUCCUGGCCACACCAGGCCGACAAACCGAGUUGUCGUCACUCUUUUGUCACAUCCACUGGUGAGGGUAUUAUCCUGCAAAGUGGCUGUGUUUAUAAUUUGCUGCAGUCAGUUUUUCCUCUCUUAGAUUCUCAUUCAUCUUGUAGGUUUCAGUCAAGAGUUUUACUUCUGAGAGUCGGCAUGAAGGCAGGGAGCUUCUGAAGGGAGCGGAAAAGGUAAAUAUAGCUGUAGCAAGAGAGGGCACAGCUUGACUGAAGAAGAUUUGACAUUACAGAGUCUUGAAUGACGUGCCAGACUGCAUUAUGACGCAGGGACAUCAGGACAAGUGUACAUUAUAAAGCAGAAGUAGAUCUAUGUGGGUGUGGAAGUACAAGACAAAAACAUGAACUUCAGAUUACUUUAGGUAAAGGCCUUAAAGGCAUGGUUGACGAUCUGAGAAGCAGUUGAAAAAAACUGAGCUGUUGAGGGCCACCCCCCACACACAAACCUCCUCCCUCUGUGCUCCAUGAUAACUCCCCCCAGACCUCUAUCGCCCUCCCCACGACACGCCCCCUCUGGCAAAGCAAGAAGCUGGCCGGCAGAAGAUCCUACAGUACGGCAGUAAACACCAGAUCUGCUAGUGAGCACCGUCUGCAGCUGCCUGGACAGCUACCAUGUUGACAUCGCAGAGACUAAUAAGAGUUAUUUAUGUAACAUGUGCCACGAUAAAAGGCGAUAAAAAUGACCUGUUCAACAAAAACUGCUGUCUCGGCGUCUGUUUUCAGGCCCAAAUCCUGGCGAAGCUUUCUCCACCGCUUGAAGGAUGACCCGAUGUUUAUUCGAGUUAGAUUCCUCGCUUGGUCACAUUUCCUCUUCGACUCCGCCCUUUCUUCUGUCGGCUUGUGUUUUCUUAGCACUUUUGGCGGUGGGGCAAGCAGAAGUGUUUUUUUUGCGUCCUUCUCCAUAACAGCUCCUGUAGCUAAGCUGCUACGCUACUUUUAGCCGCUCAGAGCUCCGGAGGGCUGGGAGAGUGGGAGGGAACGAGUCGGAACUACCGGAGAGGGGUGUGUCGAAUACAGCGAGGUGACUGGAUGGAGAGGCAGAGCAGGAGAUUGACCAAUAGGAGCUUUCCGGGACGCUAAAUUAUUAUUAUUUUUUUUUUUGUAGGAUGUAGGGGAAGGUCCCGCCCUCCUUUGCCUCUGAUUGGCUAGAAGUGCUGGGCUCUGAUUGGUUAUUCCUUAUGGCUGUGAAAUAUCAUCGUCUGUCGGGUUAGGAUUAGGAUUAAGGUUAGGGUUAGGAGAUUCAGAAGUGCGAUACUGUCCUGUAAUGUUCUGUUUCAUGUACAGAGCCACCAGCCACGUUUGGCUUGAGCGUAUGAUGACAUUUCCAGCUUUUCUAGCUAAUCAGAGGCAAAGGAGGCGGGACUUUCCCCUACUGUCCUACAGAAAAAAAAAUUCGCGCCAGGGGCGGAUGGCUCCCAUUGGUCAAUGUUUUUGCAGCCCUGCACCUGCUAGGGUGAACAGAUUUUUUCCAUUCUUUUUUCUCUUCACUUUGUGGAGAUCACGCUAUAGGACCAUGAUCGCCAUAGAAACAAGGUUCAUAAUAAUAACCAAUCUCUCCAAUUGUCAACCAUGCCUUUAAAAUUACAACAAAUUCUUGAGUCAAAUCCUGACCUUGCAGGAAGUUGUUGCUUAAACCUAAAAACACUUCAAGUUCUGGAGCUGCUCUCACCACGGUGUUUGUAUGAUCACGAUUUUAUCUCAUAUCAAUACUGAGAAGAAAAACUUCACUCUAAAUCCAAAGAGUAAAAGAUUCCACCCCCGAUAUUUUUAUUGAAUGUAUUUUUCAUCAAGAAGAAAUGAGCGAGUAGCUUUCAGCUGCAAAACAUUGUGCUUUGUGUUGCAAUCAUACGCAAGAGCGGAGCACGACCUGCAGGAAGUGGCGCCCACUGACACUUGAACAUGUGCCGGAGGGGCAGUGUGGGGGUGUGUGGGGUGUUGGCUGAUUCUCAUGUGGUGUUUGGCAGGAGAGUCCUUUGUGGGUUUUGGCUGAGGCCGGCCGCCCCUGUGGUUAAAGGGAUUACACGCUGAUCUUUGCCUGGCGAGGAGCAGAGGUCUGAUUAACGCCGCCACGAGGUUAAAAAGCUCCGGUUAAGCUGUUUGAGUGCGGUGGGAUCAGGCGGCUUCUUCUCACUUUCAAGAGGAGACGGUGAUAAGACACUUCCUGUCGUCUCAGGGGGGGACAAGAGAGACACGGAUAUCGGACAGGCUCCAGUGCAGAGUCGGAGUUAUACUGAGAGGAGUUUUUACCUGCUCUGAUGAGACAUGAAAGUUUGGUUUUAGGGAGUGAAACAGCAAAUCAGACAAAACCGUAUAUCAUAUGACCGAGAUAAAAGUCCAAUACGGGCUAUUGUGCAUCCUGACAGGUGAUCUUAUGAUGAGUAGAUGAAGUAAUUUUAAUCCAUGAAGGUCUGCAGCCUUGAAUUACCAGAAAAGAUUUGUUCCUGUGUUUGUGUCUGUGAACUGAGUGUGAUUCUUUGGCUUUUGACAGUGUUUCAUUGAGCGUGGAGGAGCAGGAACAGGCCUCAGGCGAACGACAGUCAAAUCAAACAUCCGCUGAAGAAGAGAGAAGCGGGGAGACAGACUCUUUGGGCUGAGUCUUAUAUAAACUGAGGGCAAGAUUGAGGAUUCUGGAUCUGCAGCUUCCUUUUGUAGAAACUGUCUGGUCAGAAAAAAACUCCUGUCAUUCUGUCUGCGACUUAUGUUGAUUCGUAAUUAGAGACAGAUUAACUGACAAUGCGUGAGAUUAGCAGCUGAUGUCACACGUUUAUUCCUUACAGGACAUAUUUCAAAUGAUAAUCUCGGUCAAUUUAGAGUAAUAAUAACAGCUGAGAAAUGACUUUUCACAUGUUAAGUAAGCAUAGCUAAUAAUUAUAGAUUAGACUAUUACAGAAUACUGCACCACUGCUUAGCCCUACCAGUUGGAUCCUGCUGCAAAAUUGAGAAAUUUAUGUGAAGCAGGCAUAGUGUCGUCCACGAGCAUCUCAGCAAUCAUUUAAUAGUUACUCCGCUUCAAAUUGUGAAGGAGCAGCUGGUAAAAAAACAGCAGUACAGAGACUUUAGGACCCACUCCAAUGAAAAUCAUGUUUUUCUUGUUGUCUACAUGUUAAUAUGGCCUUUUUGUGAUGCUACAGGGUGUAUCAUGAGAGAAAAAAAGGGCGAAAUUGUAUUUCUGAGUAUUUCUGCAUUCAAACCGCUGUGAAUCUCUGGUGGAUCCAAACAGCCGAUCCAGAAACAGUGAGAUUUCUUAUGUCACAAACCCAAGCUCCGCCCCCGAAACCCUGUUAUGCAGGCUAGACUCGGAGAAAUAAAGAGGACGAUCACAGAACAACCGUGUGCGUUAGCGGAUUGCAAUGCUCUUAAGAAAGCUAACUAUGAUGUUAGUUUUCAUCAUGUCCCCAAAGACAUCUGUGUCUGAGAGCUGAAUAGCUCAUAUAUUACCUGUUACUUCUUCUACAACAGCAAUGUUAAGCCACGUUCAGACCAAAUGCCAAAUUUGAUUGAUUAUAAUGAAAAAUAGUUGCUGCCAGAACAACAAAGUUUCAUAUCUUAAAAAUAGUGGUAUGGUAAUGUGAAGUAACGUCAGCGUGGUUCAAGGGCGCCGAAUAAAAGCGGGGUCAAAAGGAGUGUGAAGGUCCAUCAGAAACUUCAGACCAUCUAUGGACCACCUAAAAUCAUUGUUUUUGUAGGGUCCCAAUUCUCUGAUGUAGAUUUUUGCUCAUUGUUUAUGUAUUUUUUUCACAUGUAUGUCAUGUUGGACGCUUUGGCUAAAAGUGUUUAAGAUGUUACAUGAUAUCUUUACACAGACCUACGUUAGGUUUUGAGUUUUUUUGCUGCGCAUGUAGAGAGCUGAUCUGAGAAUGUCGAAACAGGUUUUUCAAACACGUCGUGAAAAGAUUUUUAAACAGAUUUUUACUAUUUAAGACUUCAGAUUUUUCGACUCUGGGAUAUUUAAAGAAAGUCAAAUUGACUCUUAGAGACUUUCAGAAAGUGCAGCUCGAGGCACUUCUGCGUGUCUUCGCCCCGCUGAUGUUUCACCCUGUAAGAAUGAGCUGAUCUGAUCCAAGAGCGGCAGUGUCUCAGAUUUGUUCCCUGAGGUUAGAGGAGCGAGUUCUGGAAAAUUGAUGAGCAAACACUGACAUGGGGAGGGAUAAUGUGAUCAAACUGUGGGAAGUCUCACACAGGUCCGGGAGGCAGUGAGGGUGUUGGUUCAGUUCAAAGAAAAUCCAACAUUCAAACCCAGCAGGAAAUUAGAUGUUGUUCCUCACUUAGCCGUGGUGUUUGUGUCAGAUAAGCGGCCGAUACUUAAAAGUCUUCGUUCGUCUGAACUAAGGCCAGAGGCAGCACAUGCUCGGAUGAGUGAAAACCUGCAGAAAAAGCAGGAUGAGUUUGUCUUGGUCUCACUUUGUGUGUGCACAAGCUCUCGUGUCCUGUUUGGAAGAGAAAGAUGACGCGUGAGAAUUUGUCUGAGACUUUUUUGAGAGAGAAAAUCCAUCCUGGGACUGAUGCUAAUGUAAAAAUGAAGCCGUAGCUAUUCCACUCUUUGGGUUCUGGCUUUAAAAAAACAAGGAAAGAGCUGGAAAACCUGCUGCUGUUCAGCUUGGCAGAGUGUGUGGAGGGCAGCCUGCAGGGAUCCAUGACGACUCUUCUUACCUUUGAUAUGCUGAUUAACACGUGAAGCACUGCGGCGCACGGCUGCUUCGCCUGAAGUCAAACGAAUCAUUAAACAAACUGUUGAUGAGCGAGAAGAUUUACAUGAAACCAUGCGUGAAAAUGCCUAAACAAACUCUCAUUGCCUGCCCAGAUUGUAAUUUUGUUGGAUGAGGAUGUUUUGCUUGAGUUGGAUGAAGUAACCUCAGCUUUGAUGAGUUUCAGGCUUUGGAGCUUAAGAUGUGAUAUUGAAGAGGAAGAAGAGGCUAGACGUAUUGAUAAGAAAACAAAUUUCAUCAGGGAGGGAAAAUAUAAUUAAAUUCAGAUACCAUAGUGAAGCCAAAAACAGAGAGAAAAUGUAAGAGAUGAUUAAAGAUUUAAUAAGAAAAUUCAACAAAUAUUUUAAGGGAUAAAUCAUGUUUUCUUUAAAACUGAGAUUGACCCAAGAAAACUGUUAAUACUAGGGUGAUUAUACGUCCUCUUUUACCCGGACAUGUCCUCUUUUUGGAGGGCUGUCCGGCCUUGUCAGGGGAGUUUAUAAAAUCCUUUAAAUGUCCGGGGUUUUGUAUGGAAGUUUUAAGUUUGGGUCGAAUGGACUUACUGAGUUAAAAGUGCAUAAAAAAGCUCCAACCGACCCGAAAAACCCUUAAAAUUAACUACAUGCGACUCUGUAACUCUGCCCCUGCGUAGUCGUGUCCUCUUUUCGGGGAAUCAGAAUAUGGUCUUGCUACAAACAAGCGGCUGAUGAAAGGGAGUGGGUGAGUUGUGUUUAGUCUCUUUGUCAAAGAAAUCAGGCAAAGUUAAAAAGAUGUUUAGUGACUAGUGCUGUGACUGGGACCCUAUAUACUGCUGAUGAAGUUAGGUUCUGUUCUGAGCAUUAUUUGUGGCUACAAAGUGGCUUUUUGGUUGAGGUUUGCACGUGGGGAUGUAGACCUCUGUGUAUUGCUAUUGUGCGGUCAUUACUAAAGUUGGUAUAACUAGAGAAGCAAGCGGUCGGCAACAUUCAUCUCUCGAGGGGGUGUCUAACUCGGUGUUACUGUGUGUUUUACCCUAAAUUAAUUUUACGCCGGAAUAUCCCUUUAAGAUAAAGGAGGAUACAGGACACAUUGUUUUACUCUGACACCUUUUCAAAUUACAAAAUAUGUAUUUGUUGUUAAUAGACACGACUUAAGCAUGUGGAGGACAAGGUAAGCGAAGACAGCUUUGUCCACAGGGGGUGCUCUGUGUUUGAAGUGUUUGGUUGUAUAACUGUUGUCACUUUUGAUUUCCCUUUGACAGAACCAGACUUGUUACACAAUAUCUGUUGCGAUAAGCUAAAUAUCUGCCUGUACUUUUAUAUGUGACUGACAUGUCCACUGGUAAGUCAAGCCAAGCAUACAGGAAAACAAAAUCGUCCAAUCAGAGCUGCUAAAGGUCCGCUUACUUGUCUUAAUACUUCGAUAUAUCCUGUUUCUGGUUAUGGUGGUUUCAUGUAAAACCUGAGGAGGUAAAAAAGCUUUAACAAAACUCUCAUCUUGGACUUACAGUGAGGAAGUUGUGACGUUGGACGGUUGAGGUAAUAACAAAGGAGGUGGCUUAAUGGACCCUGAGCCCACCAGAAUGAUGAAACCCUCUCCAUUAACACAAGUAAGCGCCACAGGGUCGCUUCAGUCCCGCUCUUUUAUGAAUUCUGCGCUCCAAAAGAGGUAAUUUGAGUCGAUUACUUCAGGAAAAAUGAGUCCUGAAGUGAAAGUCUGACUAAUCCUGUUGAAGUCAUCUGAAAUAUUAUUAAAGCGAAUUAGCAGAAGAGGGGGGAGGACCAUACCGACCUGAUUGUUAAGAGGAUUUUAUGACUUUUCUCAGUCUGCUAAAGACUCAGGUCACUGAUUUAUAAUAUCAUAUUUCUUUGUUCCUAGAGGUCUGGCUGAGGAUUAAUGACCACAUGACAAAUAUCAUUUCUAAGUAGCUGGGAUACAUGAUGAGAAAUAUGUGGUUUUUGCACCCAUACUGUGUGAGACUGUAGAAUAUGUCACACCGAAAGUGACUAAAUUCAUCUGGAGGGUUUUUUCUUUUCUUAAGUUGGCUGAGAAGAGGAAAUAUCAGCAGCUGGAUUAUGGAGUCGAGCUCAAAGUAAAUAUAGUUAACAGCAAAUUGACCUCUGAAAAAGUGCGACUAUGACACUUUUGACCAGUAAACGAAAGAGUUGGUGUAAGAACUUUUUAAAUUAUUAUACUUUUUGACAAAUUAAAUGAUGAGUAAUGUUACAUUUUCAAAGCUAUUGAAAAAGUUGAUUCCAAAAUGAAGUUUAAGAAGUUAUCAUUAUUACAUGUUUUGUAUAACUCACUCUCUUUUAGGUCUGUAUUUAGUCCUCAGGCAAAUAUUGAUGAAGGUUAGAAGUCUUAGAUGGAAGUAAGACCCAAAAAUAGAUUUUAGGGUUAUUUAAUUCACAAGAACUCUCGCAAUUAAUAGGUUUGUCCAAAUCCAGAAGCAUCAUGUUUAGGGUAAUUAAAGAUGUGUCCUUUAUCACCUUUGUAGAUCACUGGGGUGGAGCUUAACUGAGACAAUCAUGUCCACGUUUCAGUCACCAGCCAUCAUCUUUCCCUAUUUACUUUAGCAUGACAAAAAAGCUCCUGUCUCCAAGCAAUAGGUAUCUAAGUAGCUUUAUUAUGUCUUGUGUCCACCCCCUGUGGACAAAGCAGUCUUUGCUUAUACAGUCUUCUAAAUAUCCUUUGGCAAAAAAUCUCAUCCUGCUGACUUUUGACCAUCAGAUGUAUAAUUUAUUCUUAUUAUUUCAUAUGGAAACUACCAAGAAACCACCAUCAGUCUUGUCCCUGAUAGUUUUGUUUGCUUUUAGAUACCAGGAAAAAGCAUUAAGAUUAAUUUCAGUCUAUUUCAUUGAUGACAAAUCUCCUUAUAGUAGCUUUAAUCUUUAUUUCACAAGACAAUUUUAGAGUCUCAAGGCCUUUUGAGUUUUUUUCCAUUUCAAUCACUGACGAUAUCAUUGAGUUCAGCAAAAUACUUGCAUUUAAUUGCAUAAUUAUUGUAUUUAUCUUAUUUGAAGUGGGGACCCAUGGUAAAGGAUGCAUCCAUCAUGUACUUUGUGGCCGGGAAAAUGAAGGAUGUAUUUUCUGCCUCUCAAAAUAGGACAGCAUCAUUCUCCCGCUGUAAUAUAACUAAAUGGACUCUUUAGGGGAUGCAGCCUAUUACACAGGCAAGUAAGGCAAUAGUACGUAAAAGGAAAGAGAACAAGAAAUAUGACUCUGUUUUUUUCUGCUAUUGGAAGUACAGAGAGCUCUGUACUGGACACAAACUGUUCUAAGUAUGGUCGUCACAGUCAGUAUGUUCAACUGCACAGCUAAACUAAGAAAAGUUGACCCCUAAAUAAGAUCAUUUAACUGGACUUUUACAAGCGCUGGGCAAGAAUUGAUUUCCUGCUUAUCAACGAUGGGGCAACAUGCCCCCUUUCAGCUUGUACAACUGGACUGACUCCCAUUUAACCUACUAACUCAGGUACCAAAACAAUCGACAAACGUGGUAACUAGUGGCUAAUGGGAUGAAAAAACAUCGCUUUUACAGAACUGGACUUUUUGGAUGACUCUAGAGCUUUUCCUUUAUUUUUACAUCCUUAUUUCUUACUUUCUUGAGGUUUUGUUUACAACUACAGCCAAACAAUGGCGGUUACCAUAUUGGAAAUAUUAACUCAGUGUCACUUUCACACCUAGCAUGAGGCGAAGAGGCGAAGUUAAGGGCUGUUCAGACCCAAACUGUUUUCUUUGUAUCUAUCUAUCUAUCUAUCUAUACCUUUUUUUUUUUGCACAAGGCUGUAUAAGUGUAUUUUUUGGCUUUUUAACAUGAGUGGUAAUGGGUCUCUAUGGCUUUUGGAGCCAGCCCCAAGUGGACGUUUGAGGAACUGCAGUUUUCAAAUUUGAUUUAAUUUCAUUUGGUGCACGUUAAUCACUUAAAGAAACCUUUUGCACACUGUCAUUUGAUACUUUAUCACUAUUAAACGUCAGUAAUAGAUGUUAUGAGUCCUUGUUAGACUCUAGUGUGUAACAGGUUGACGCCACAUCUCUGUUUGGAGCGGUUAUAAGCGCUGUCCAAUUACACUGAUUAGUGGUGCACUAUGAAGUCACCUUUUACAUAUAUGUCUUUCUAAUGUGUUUUACUGUCAUACUGACCUUUAGUCUUCGCUGUCUGCAGAGUCUCGCCACCUGGGAGACGGAGAACAAGAUCCACUGUAAGCAGACUCUUGUGGAUGGCGACGGCCCCAAAACCUACUGGACCCGAGAGCUGAACGGAGAUGAGCUCACACUGGUGAGGGCACGGAAAUGAUUCAUCAUCUUACUGAAAGCUUCUUAAUAGAUUACUGCUUAGAGAAGAGGGGAAGACGGAGAGAGGGACUUCACUGGAAAGACAAAAGCUCGGAGGCUGGGUAGAUUAAUGAACUCACUUUAGGCUCGGCUCAACAAAAGAAGACAGAAAAUAGUUUCUAAAAUGUUAUUCCCUGUGCGGAGAGAGCAUUUCUUGAUGGGUAUUUAAUCGGUGUGAUUUGUCUGUUUUCUCAUAGAGGGUAAACAUACUUUAGGAUGAGAUUUCGAGCAGCUCUGUUUGAGAAAUGGUUACCAAAAUGAGGCAAGGGUGUGUAUGAAGUCACCCAGGAGAUUCAUCCGUAAAGGGAGUAAGAAAGGCUGUUCUCCGAGGAGCCCAGCUUUCAUCCACCCCGCUGAGAGAAGUGAAAGGAGAACAAGAGGAGCUGCUACACUGACAUCGCAGUAAUACCCCGGUAUUUAGCCAGAUUAAUAUGGGCAGAAGUCAAUGGGUCUAAAGCCCCUCGAACGAUAUGCAGGGGAGCAGUCCAAGACCAAUGGACAGGGCGAAGAGUUCUCAGGGACUCAACAGCUUUCCUCUCCCGUCGUUCUUCGCUCCCACGCUCUGCUUUGUUGUUCCUCGAGUACUUACAAGAUGAAUGUUUGAAAGGAGAAAGCUUGAACCAACAAUAUAGAAGGUUUAGAUGCAGCAAAAAGAGAGUCACAGGAUGUUUGCACAGCUUCGUAUUACCUCCCAGAAGAAAACACAGAGAAAGGAGCAGCUUGAAUCAGACUUUUAAUGCUAAUGUGGAUCUCCAUUGUUUGGAAGAACUGUGAAGAAGGCAGAAAUCUCUCCUGAUCUUUGGGCGAUAAAAGCAGAAGGUGUUAAAGCGCCUGGCCCUGUGGUGACACUCUGGCCCGGCUGCCCCAGAGGAGCUGAAAACAUUUGUGGAGCGGUGGAGAUUGAUCUGUCCGAGCUGUGACUGUGGCUCUUCUCACCUCAGAACUAUUAAAAAACCCAAAGAUAGACCACAUUGGGGUGGCAGUAGCUCAGGAGGUAGAGCGGUCGUCCAAUAACUGGAAAGUUGGUGGUUUGAUUCCCCACUAUCCCGAGCCAGUCCAUUGUGUCCUUGGGCAAGACACUUAACCCACCUUGCUCCCAGUGUGUGUCCUCCACUGGUGUAUGAUUGUGAGUGUUGUGUGGUGGUGGUCGGACAGUCCAGUUUUUGUCAUCAUUCACCUGUGACAUCAGUCCUAAAUUUUCUGCUACAGAAGCUCUAGAGGGUCAAUUCAAGCAAGAGGGACAACCCAAGAGAUGUAGAAGAUGAGUCAUAUCAGUGGUGGAGACAUUUACACAUUUAUCGAAUACUAAAUAGUAGGACUGUCAGUUUAAUAAUCUCUGAAUGUAAUAAUGUAUGAAAUAAUCAAGUUUUGUUCACAUAUUAAAAAUCAUUAUUUUGAAAUUUAAAACAGAUUUAAAGUGUAAACCAACAGGGCAGUUGUGAUUUCUCACUGAUGUCCUGUGAUCCUGGUUAAUGCAACAGCUCUUGAACUUUUCUUGUUCUUGUUCUUUUUCUUCUUAUUAUUCUUUCCCCAACAGUAAGACAAACGAACUGAUCGCAAACGAGCAGCAACGUCUGGUCAUAAAUUAAGCUAAAGUGGAACUGCUAAAGAAACCAUGCACACACUAAUCCGAAAACAUUACUAAGGUUACAAGAUUGACAAAUCAGAAGCACAGCUGACUCGACUGACAGGCAAGCAAGCUGUUGCCAAUUGCGAUGAGGCCAAAGACUCGCCUCUGGAAAGUUAGGAUGAGUCAGCACCAAUGUGACGCCAAAAGGCAUCAAAACACGUAUAAUCAUGACAUGCGAGCCUGAGGAAAUCCUGCGUCUGUGAUGGUUAUCCCACUCCACAAUAAUGAGUGGUGACUUUUGACACUUAUCUGCACCUGUAGGCUCUGUCCAAAGUUGCUCAAACUUUAAAGGGAUAUUAAAUCUCUGUUUGUAUCAAAGUGCACAUUACUUUGGGUUUAAACGUCUUCCCUGAGACAUCUGCUACAUGACCAGCUCCAUCACAGAGCAAAAGCAGCCCUGUAUCCUUCAGGUGCUGAUAUAAAGUAUCUGCAUUCCACCUUUUUUCAUGAAGUAUCACUCUGCUUUAAGAGGUUUGACAUUUGACUAAAGUUAGUCAGCUAAUUUUGUGAGUUGUUGGAGUUGAAACGAAUCAAAAAGUGUCCCCUGCUGUUGUGUCUGUUCACUAAUUGUCCUGUUGAACUUUUGCACACAGCAUAAGCAGUAUCACACAAUGGGCACAGCAGGGAUUAUGCUGAUUUACUGCUUAUAAUCCUGCCGGUCGGCUAGUUUGCAAAACUUCAACGAAUGCAAAACAUCACUUAAAAUGGUCUGAAUAUUUAAACAAUUAUUCACUAAAUCAUUGAAUUCCUGGAAGUUUUUUUAGACCCUGUAGGGGAACCGUGGUAUGAGUCAUCUUAGUUCCCAGCAGGCCUCUUUCUGCUGGACAAAAACUUCACAGUCUGACUGAAUCUGAAUCACAUCUGUCUCAAACGGCCGUCUGACACAGAGAGACAACCCCAACAAUCACAGGGCUUUAGCUCAAGAAUGAGGACCGGGGAUCAUAACGCAGUGGUCUGAUUGUCUGUGGCGGUUCACACUGUAAGUGGGCCACAUUUCCAUACAAUUUGCAUGAUCCGUUUAAUUGGUUUAGUCUGAAAACACAUUAGGGGCAGAGUCGUGUGGAUUUUCUCCAGUAGCGUCAAGCCUGAACUAAACCCGAAAAAUGAAGACGAUUGGACUCGAUCAGUGGAAGCUUAUGCAUUUAAGAAAAGCAAAAAAUCACUUCUAAGGGAGUUUCUUCUGGUUUCAUCAUCAACAGUUUGCAGUAUGGUCCAGAUUAACUCGGGUUUAGUUUGAAUGAAAGGAUGUGACACAUAUGUCACCGCUUACUGGGAUUUCUGUGAGGUUUUAAAAUUAAUCAUAACUAAGCCAACUAAUUUCACAUCCCUCAUACUGCAAACAAGACGUGUGGGAAGUUAUUACGUUUAUUUGUACCGCCCUGCCUUCUUAUGUUUCUCCUCUCUAUGUGUCUAUUCUGUGACAGGAUUUAUCAUCUGCACUUUAUACAAAGACGCUCAGUGAACAACUUGUGUUUGAAAUAUUUACUCUGAUAGUCUGAUACCUGGAGGGCAGAUCCACAUGUGUACAAGAUCGGCCAAUGACAGCAUUUCACCACAAUCCAAGACUGAGAUGGUUUUGCCGUCAGCCAGCAGCUGCACACAAACUUUUAAACUUGCUGUAUGAGUGGGUUCAUAUUGAACAAUGAUUACAGAUGGUGAUUGUUUACAGAUAACCGUAUUUUUCGGGUGAUAAGGCACACCGGAUUAUACGAAGCAAAUUGAUGUGGCUAAGUUCACACAUAAGGGGCAUUAAGCAUUGAUUGAUUUAUUUUACAGUCCGGCAGUCUUGUAGACAGCGUACCGUAAUGCUCAGAAUAUCCAUUUAGCAGCGCGGAUUCGUUGCUUACCAAAGUCGUACUUACACAUUUCGACAGAGUUUUUAGCACAUCGUACCGCAUAAAAUCGGUCUGUAAGCACAACAAGUAAUCAAACAUAAGGCACGCUGGAUUAUAAGGCUCACUGUCAAUUUGUGAUUUCACGUGUGCCUUAUUGUCCGAAAAAUACGGUAGGUGAAGUACAGAGACUACAGCUCAAACUGGAUUAAAGCUCCAAUGAGCAACUUUAGGUUUGUGUCAAUUCUGGCGCCCCAAGUGGAGAAAGUGGAAAGCUAAAUCUCAUCCUGUUGACUUUAGGCGGAUAAAAACAUCAUUUAUCAUGGAUGUUUUCUGUAAAAUUUAAAGAGACGGGGCUGUUUUUUUAGCUGUUCAGCUGACAAAAAUGGCGUUUACUAAAUGGGCCUUAAUUAAAAAUCUUCACAGUUCAGACACACAAACUGAAAGAAGCAAUUAUAUUAAGUGAAAAUAGAAAUACAGAAAGAUUGCCACACUGCCUUAUUCUCGGUCAGUCUUGUAUUAGGUGAUCAUGGAUGUCAACAACUGGUUUAAAUGGACAAAAUAAACCCCAAAACCAGGUACUUUGAUCUUGGCAGUGGAAGGAGUUUUAGACAUUGUAAGUAGGGGUGUUAGAUGUUAUGAACCACCAAUCUUACCAUAUUUACAACUGUGUUUUUGUCGAAACAAUGCAACAACUUGAUGUGGUAGUUUUCAUGUUUGAUUUAGGUGGAUUAAUGUAGAAAAAGUAAAGUUUUAGUAACAGCUGCUUGGAUUAAUUAGAAAAGACCAGGAUUUUACAGGAAUGAUGACACUAUGUUUUUGUUUCCUGCAGAUUUUCGGGGCAGAUGACGUAGUCUGCACGCGGAUCUACAUCCGGGAAUGAUGCUCUCCAACCUUCAUCAGGGCAAGGCAGGAACCUGAUUGGACCACAACCUCUUCUUCUUUAAACCCAACAGUGCUCCGCCACGCUAACACGCUUACAAAGUAUUCUGUGUAAUCACUCAAACUGCUUAGUCUCCACAAACAAUAGCAAUGUCUCUGUAAUCUGGUUAUUUGUAGUGAGUGUCGCUUCAGCAGGACAGUAGCUGGAUAUGUCGGUGUUCAUAUUCUGCAACCCUGGUGUCAGAUGUUUACGUAGGAUUUAGUCAUCAAUAAUGCCUCUGUGUUCAGUUACAGGAAACAAUAAAAAUGGAACAAACAGCGGCUGAGUUUCUUUUUGUUUGACA